UUAUGUAUAGUUUACUAUUGAGAAUUUAAAAAAACAUUUUGGAAAUUCAAACUGGAUGAUCGCCACGGUUCAUUUGAUUACGGAAUUUAAAAUUUUAGUGCAUAUUGAAAAAAUAAUCUGUGUAUGAAGAUAGUUAAAUUAACAUGGAUUUGUAAAUAACUUUUAUAAAUUAUAUUUUUGUGACAUUCACUUGAACAAGGGAAGUUAUCGAACAUGGGAUGUGCACCAUCAUCAGAUACCGGCACACAAUAUGCAUCACUUGGUCACCAUGGAAACACAAAUGUAAGUAAGAAAACUAAAACACCAACAGAUAGCCAACUAUAUGGUAAUACAAAUAAAAGUAGAAAGUCGUCUACAUCGUCGUCUUCAUCAGAUGAUAGUCGAAAAAGCAAAAGAGAAAAUCAGCAAACUAAUAUACAUCCUGUUCCACCACCACCGGUACAUUUGACAGAAAAUGACAAGAAACAACAACAGGAAAGAAAAGUCAAAACACCGCCACCACCGGAUCCGGUUCCAACACCUAAGGAAAAGGAAGAGGCACCACCUGUGCUUCCCCCUCCGCCUGUUGAAGAGAAAGAGAAGAGACAACCAAGUCCAGUACCAUCGCCUACUCCAAUAGAACAGGAACAAGAGCGUCAACCAAGUCCGAAACCACCACCCCCACAAGAUGAUGAUGACAAGAGAAACCCAACUGACGAAGAUCAAGAACAGGUACCCCCAAUGCCGCAACAGGAAGAGGAGAAAAUAAUAACACCACCGCCACAAGAAGAGGAGAAACAAUUAACACCAUCAGCACCACCAAUGCCUCUACCACAAGAUAUGGAUGAUUCAACAAGAAAUGGAGGAGAAACAGCAAAACCAGGAAACGACAACAUCGACUUCGACAAUACUGAUAAUAUGGACACACCGGCGCUACCGGACUUUGGUCGGUCAGAAUAUGUACCAACGGAUGUUGGAACGAAAGAACGGUUUGUAGAUUUCCGUACAGAAGGCGGAGAUUUCACAAACCCAUCUAGACCUUCACCCAACGACAAUGGACUUUACACUGAGUUUGAAUUCACGGUUGAUGUGGCUAUUCCUAGUGCAAGCGGCCUUCAAUGGCAGAGACCAGCUGAAAUUUGUGAAAGUCCAGCUUUGUUUACUGAUGGCACCACAAGAUUUGACAUUGGACAAGGUAGAGUUGGUACCUGUUGGUUUUUGUCUAUGGUGGCAAAUAUUGCAGAUAAACCAAGGCUGUUAGCACGAGUGGUUCCAGCUAAAGAUUAUAAGAUCGGUUCUAAUGAAUACGACGGCGUCUUUCACUGUCGGUUCUGGAGAUUUGGACACUGGAGUGAUAUAUAUAUAGAUGACAAACUACCCACAACCGGUCGCGGACUUUAUGGAGCUCACUCUAAUACCGAUCCUAACGAAAUGUGGGUGGCUCUUCUCGAGAAGGCGUUCGCACGAAUGUAUGGAAGUUACGAUGAGGUAUCGGGAGGAAGAACGGCCGAUGCCUUUAUGAAUCUUACUGCCGGUGUAGGAGAAACCAUUAAGUUUGAAACAAUGAAAAUGUCAUCUCAACAACUGUUUCGGAGACUUAAAAAUGCAUUCCAGUCAAAGACUACAAUGGUUGGCUGUGUUUGUCCGCAAAAAAGUGAUGGACAGAUUGGUUUAGUUGGAGGUCACGCAUACUCAAUGAAUGGAACAUGCCAGGUAGGUGAUACUAUGUUGGUUCGUAUUCGUAACCCAUGGGGAAGACAAGAAUGGGACGGACCAUGGAGUGACGGGAGUAGGGAGAUGAAUCAGUAUGGAAGUUCCAUUCCACAUCCGAAUAAAGAUGACGGAGAAUUCUAUAUGGAUGUAAAUCAUUUCCUCCAGUAUUUUGAACAGUGCACCAUUUGUAAUUUAACACCAGACGUUGACAGAGAUGGAACGGCAGAUACUUUAAACUAUGUGACAUCCUUAUUUGGAAAUUGGCGUAGAGGGAAAGCUGGAGGCUUCCAAAGCAAACUGCAAAAUCCCCAGUUUUGUGUUACAGUGAGUGAUCAAGAGGCAGAUAGGGAUGGCAACGUUCCUGUUGUGGUACAAAUAGUACAGAAAACAUCAGACAGACAGGAUGAUAAAGUGGGAAUUCGGGUGGAUUUGUAUAAGGUUCUUCAUGAAGACUCGGAUAUAAUUGUUCUUGACGAGUUAGGAGAUAAAAACAAUAUGUAUUUGAUAGACUUUAGCUCGUGCUACAGAUUUUCUGUGAAACCUGGUAAAUAUGUGGCGGUACCUUCUACUAUGGAUAGUUGUGACAAAGAUCCAAGAGUACUGAAAGAAUUUAUGAUUCGAUUUUUCACGGCUGGACCAUUGACCAAUCCUUUUGAAAUACAAGACAGUACAACAGUAAUGACAGGAAAGGGACCCGACAUGGAGGUGGAUGGAAGUGUCUUGCAGUUAGGCUGUACACAAUGUAUUACUGGGAAAUUUGUGACCGGACGCAAUGCUGGAGGACAGAUUUCAUGCCGUGAUACUUUUGCAUCAAAUCCACAGUUCUUCAUUACAAUUGAUAAGCCACAAAGUGUAAAAGUGGAAGUCAUGCAGCCAGAUCAGAAAAAUGGUUUCCCUAUUGGAAUAAAACUGUUUGAGACUGACAGAAGUAGUUUUCAGUCAGAUUAUAACUGGUUUGCACAAAAUUACAACAAUGCAGUACGUGAUAUGAGUGGAAAUGAUGGACCAUUCUCAUACGGAAGCAGUGUGGAUUGUGGAUAUAAAUUACAACCUGGAACAUACGUAUUGCUUAUCCAUGCUAAUGGUCCUGAAGAUCAAAAUGAUUUUGCACUUGCAAUAUAUUCAGAAAGUACGGUUCAAAUAGAGUCCAGUAAUUUAUAACCACAACAAAGCUACGAAACAAACUGUGAUAUUCAUUUUAAGAGACAAUUUAUUUUUGUUGAUUUCAUUCCUUAUUUUGUAUACACUCUUGUUAUCAGUAUUACUAAAAUAUUUAUUUCUUGUUA